CUUCAUCGGUAAGCUCAUACUACGGUCCAACACCUUGUGAUAGGUUGUUCGUUACCAACAACAGCGACAGUCCUGCCUUAUUGGCUGUUUCCGCACCAGCCCUGCAAGCCAAGUAGGUAUAUGGUCUAUGGAAGCCCAACUCGCAGCCCCAGCAACAACGCACCGCCCCGAGUCGAGUGCACUAAAGGGAGACAUACGAGCGCCACAAGAGGAGGCCUACGCCCCCCCCGUGACUAGCCAUGGGGUCGGUACUCUCACCCUAUCUCGUUUUCUUCGGCCCUCUCCCGAAGUAGGCCUCCCUCACAUCUUCCUCUCCUACAAGUCCUCGGGGGCCAGCAAGCGACCAAAAGACAGCCUGCCCAACCGUCACCGCCGCCAUGAGGCCUCUCCCCUUGGUUAUGGCCGUGAUGGCCUGGACAUCGUCUGCACUUGCUCAGACCGAGAGGCAAGCAAACGCAACUUCAGACAGCGUAUCCAUUGCCGCGACGACAGGGUCGAGCGCCGCCGCAACACACACAGUCUCGGUCGGGCUACAGCAUAAUUUCGACCCCGACACGAUACACGCACAGCCGGGCGACACGAUCCGCUUCAACUUUUAUCCCAAGAACCACUCCGUCGUGCGCGCCGAUUUCAAGAAACCGUGUAUACCGUGGGAGCUGACCAACGACCCCGCCGGCAGCUUUUUCAGCGGCCCCAUACAACAAGAGACGCUACAGUCUCCGAUCCCGAGCUGGGAUUUAGAGGUGACCACCACGGAGCCGGUGUUUUUCUACUGCUCUGCGCCCGAGUCUUGCAUCAGAUGGAGCAUGGUUGGUGUUAUCAACCCGAACGCGACGUUCACGCUAGGUAUCCAGAAGCAAUUCGUCGCGAACUCGACGUUCCAGCUCAGUCCGGGGGAGGCCUUUCCGGACGAAUCGUCGCCGUCCAACUCGCCGGCCCCCGACGGCGGGUCGAGCGGCCCGGCCCUGUCGCCGGGGGCGAUUGCGGGAAUCGCCAUCGGCGUCGUCGCCGUCGUCGCCGUCGUCGUCGCCGUCGUCUACCUGUGCGGCAGGAGGGGCGGGAUCAAGAAGGGCUAUCGACGAAGCAACAUGACGGCCGUGUCGCCCCCGCAGAUCAUCGAGGCGAACUACAACGACGGCGGGACCAAGACCGCGCCCGUCGGCUCGCCGUACGCCGCGUCCGCGCAUGCCGAGCCCUACGGCUCCCCGAGCCCGGCCCUCUGGGGCUCCCAGACGGGAAGCCCCCAAAAUUCCUACCUAGGCCAGCCAAGCCAACUCAGCCCGGGGAUACCGCCCUACACUGUCGACAGUCCCUUGAUGCCGGGGCAGCCGCCGCCGCAGUACUUUGAGGCACCGGAUACGCAGAGGCUCUCACAAAGUCAUUCGGUAGUUCCGCCCGUGGAGCUUCCCGGGAGCUUGGGCCGUUAAGCCGUAUGAAGUGCGGCAAUGCCACGGAAUUGGGGAGCGGCUGUUGGGCCUGCAGUAAUUCUCGUGUCGGUGCAGCAGCGCUGGAUGGGCCCACGUGGUACUUGCGCUUGUUUGUCUGGGAGCAUGGCGUUUUGGCAUUUUCGUCUUCUUUUUCUGUAUCCAGCUCCAGGCUCGCAUACAGAUGAUACCGACAGGGCAUCAAAGUCUCCGCGACUGGAGGAAGUAUUAGAGUUAAAGGUUCUGCGGCGAGGAGUUGGGCGGUCUGCGUACCGCCCCCGUAAUGGCUGCAGAAACUCCCUUCUUUUCAGCCUUCCGCGGGGACCAGGUAGCUAGCUGCAUCUUCUCGUAGUCGACCUCUCAGGACUCUUCCGAGUGGGCAACAAAGAUCAACCCGUUAAUGAUACCUUAACGGCCAGUAAGCUGGCCCGCUAUUAUGUGAUAAGGCCUCAUAACAGUAUUCUAG